AUGAGUGAAAAAGUAUCUUCUGAAAACAAAUUAAUCUCUGAUUCUGUUCAAGGAGAAGUACUACCACAAGAAAAUUCACAACAAUCAAUUCAAGAAAAUGGAAAAGAUGAUAAACCAACAGUAGAAGAACAUAAAAGUAACGAAGAGAAAACAUCAACAAAAUCAGAAGUAUCAUUGGCUGACGAUAAACAAGAAAACGUUCGAGUAAAGGAUGAAAAACAAGACAAUGAAUGUGCUGCCCAUGGAAAAGAAAAACAACAGUAUGAAAAUCCGAUACAAAGUAAACCACAAUGUCCAAUUCCAGCAAAAAAACCCGAUUUUCCUCAAGACAUUCGUUAUUCAUCUGAACACAUAGAACGUGAUAAAAUAAUAGAAAAAUUCAGAAGAUAUGAAAUGUCUGAUACCAAUGCAUGCACUGUCAGAUUUUUAAUUGUUUCUCAACAACAAAAGAAAUUAUUUGGGUAUAAACAUCAAGGUGAAAUUAAGCCUGGUUAUCAACAUUUUCAAAAACAUUCGUAUAAAAUAUUCGGCACUGAAUUAAACGUUCAUAAAUGUUUAAAAGAAAUUCUUUCAAAAUUAUUUUUUACCGAUCGAAAAUAUCAAUGUCAAAAUCGUUACAGUGAAAUGGAUCGAUUACAAAAUACUAAUGAUAAAGAAAAACAACAACCAACAACACCGGAUGUCGAAUUGAACACAGUUUCUAAAGAUAGUUCAAUACUAUCUCCAAAUAUAACGGUAAUACAAUCUUCAGUCGAUCUGCCUACAGAACAGUAUCAGUCGCAUUCAGAAGAAAAAACCGCUAACUCUAGUGAAAGUAUUCAAUCAAAUGUAUUUGUAACAACUAUAAGCAGUGAUGGAAGUAUUCAAGAAGAAAUGGUUGCAAGUGGCAACCAACAAUCAAAACAACAACAGCAAACGGAAGGUAAUGAAAAUAAAUCAGAAGAAAUUAAAUUAACAAAUGAACAGUCGCAAGAAAAUCCCGGUGGUGAUAGUCAAGAAAUAAAAUCAAUAAAUGAAGAAAAACCAUUAACUGCUGGGAAUACUAAUUCCACAUCCGAACAGCAACAAAGGGAAGACAUACUUCGAUACCAUCCAAUAGAAAAAAAACCAACAAUGAAUUUUACAUUUUUAUUAUUCAAAGAAGUAAUUGAUCUUUGGAAAAGGAGUUCGUAUUUUAUUGGUACAUUACAACAACGUUUAAAUGUUGCGAUACAAAGGCCUGGUCCUAAAUUUGGAGAAAAACAAUUUGAAUUACAAAUAACGGGUGAUAAUAUUGAUUCAAUUGCGGAUGCAUGUAUUCAGAUAACGGCAUUUUUACAACAUGAAUUAGGCCAAGAACCAGAAAUAUAUAAAGAUUAUCCGGUUUCAACUGCUAGGAUCUCAGCUGGAUGUGAACCUUCAGACCAAUUACAACAAGAUGGAACAAUGAGUGAAAAUCCGGCACAUUCGUCUACACCUGAAUUUCCCCAACGUCCAACAAAUAAUUAUAAUCGUUACGAACAAUCUCAACAACAAAGGAGUGAAGGUCGUUUCCGUGCUGAUCAAAACCGAGCUGGAUAUUCUCCUCAACAGCAACCACCAUUUUCUAUCUCAGUCUAUGAACAACAACAAAGAAGAUUUGAUAAUAGUAAUGUACAACAACAAUUCCAUCCUGCCUCACAGCACUAUCAGCAACAGCAAUAUUCACAUGAAUCGCAACAGCAGAUGUUUCAUCCUUCACAACAGCAACAACGAGGCUACCAGUAUCAGCAACAACACCAACAGCCUGAAACAGCAAUUUUAAUAAGAACAGAUUGUGUUGCAAGAAUCAUUGGUAAAGGUGGUGCAAAUUUGAAACUCAUUCGUAAUCGAUGUCAUUUACGGGAUAUUGGAUUUGAACCGAAAGAUACUAGUGGACGUAAAGAAUAUAUUCGAUGUGAGUUAAGAGGUGAACAACGUCCAAUCAGUGAUGCUAUAUUAAUGAUACGAGAUAUGUUAAAACGAGAAGGACCCGGUGCUGUAAAAGAUGCUCAACAAUUUACAGAACAACAGUUUAAUGAACAGCAACAACAUUAUCCACCUCCAUCGGAAUAUCCGAAUCAAUUUGCUCCUCCUCAACUUCAAACAUCAGUGAAUGAUUCCUUUGCUGUUCCGCAUGUCAUUGAUCAUAUCUAUCGAUCCGAUUUAACAGGAAGACCAUUACAUUUUAAUAGUAAUUCGCUAGUUCAAUGUCAACAGCAACAACCAUCGUAUAAUUUUAAUAAAAAUAAUUUGGCUACAAAUAAUGGACAGAUACCACAAUUUGAUUUUGUUCAUCGACCAACAUCAGGUAAAAAAGAUAAACGUCAGAAUGAAAGUUUCGAAUUCGCCCCAUCAUCGAAUGGCAACAAAGAUUCAUAUGAAUCUCAACAUCAACAAUCAUCGUCGUCCAACUCUUCAUCGACAUCACCGCGUCAUAAAAUAAAACGUUCGUGUCCAGAAACAAAAGAAAUUCCUACUGUCACUGAUGAAGGUCAUUGGAUUUUACAAGCUCAUUUAUCACAGUUGAACGAACAUGAUCGAAAACAAUUUCAACUAAUCAUGGAUAAAGUUGAAAAGAUAAAAUUAGAUGAAGAAAAAAUGAAAAGUAAACAUCAACAACAACAUUCGUCAUCGUCGUCUUACCGUUCGCGUAAACAAAGUUAUCCCAGUCAACAUCAUCAAAGACAACGUGUACAAACAACCAUUCCAUUACCAAAUGAUAAGUUUGAUUUUGAUCUAAAACAACAUGAUCAAUUAGAACAGAGUGACGCAUCAAUAUCAACGACAAAUCAAAAUAAAUCCAUGCAGCAGGCUGCUGACUCGAUAGCGUCCUCAUCAGCAACCAUUGUCGAACAAACGUCAGAUAAUAUUGAAAAUACAUCAGAUGAUAAUAUUGUUAACAAACAACAGCAACAAGAACAAGCUAAGCCAAAUGAAGGAGAAAAAGCAACUAGUGACUAA